AUGCGUACUUUAAUCGAUGCAAGUCAGCAAAACCUGACCCAGACUGAGCGUUGGCACUUGGAUUCCUUUCGCAAAUGGACAUCCAACUUGGUCGCCGGCUAUUUCUACGACGAGUUCUGGCAGAGGCUGGUGCAUCAGGUCAGUGAAGACCAACCAGCAGUUUCCCAUGCUGCCAUUGCCAUCAGUGCGCGGCAUGUCGAUUUUGAGCAGAAGAAAUCGGGCCAGCGCUUCGACGGCGAGGAGAGCUCGCUGGUGCUACAGCAAUGCAAUAAGGCCAUUACCGGGCUCCAACAACAUCUGGGGACCGGCCAGCUCGGUCGCUCCCACAAGGAGGUCGUUUUGGUCACCUGUGUCAUGUUAAUCACGCUCGCUCUGUUCCAGGGGGACGUGUACACCGCCGGUUGCCAUCUGCAGUCUGGGGACCGAUUGUUCAUCGAAUGGGAGAAGAACAACUUCGACAAUAGUUCUGCCGGGCCGAUCUUGAAAAAGGCUUUUGCCCAACUCCAUCUCCACUGGUCGACCUUUGCCAACCCCAAGGAUUUCAUUCGAGACGAUCAUCCUUCGAUUCCUUGUCUACUCAUUGACGAUCGUCACGCGUUCUCUGCGCUCUCUCCCGAGCCCGAGCCCGAGCCUCCCGAGAUUUUGGAAAAAGUUAGUGAACUCACGGUGAUGCUGGGAUGGCUCGUGUUGCAGAGUCAUCCCCAGGGGUUUGGUAUCUCCACCUCUCGGACAUUUCCAGGAAAGGGAGAGGUUGCAGUGCUUAGCAAUGUCCGCCAGUUUCGAGGUCAAUUGAAGGCGAGCGAGAUGCUUGGUGGAGAAGCAUUUUCACAACGAGAUCAAAACACCCUGAUGCUGAUGAACCUGUGGAGCGAGGUUCUCUAUACCAAGAUUGUCAUCGCCCAGAAUUCGCCUGACCACCCCGAAUACAACUACGAAGAUCCUCUCCCUCACUUCCGCCGAGCCAUCUAUCUCGCCGCGCUCAGUGUGAGCUAUCCCACGCAACACUCUUCCUUCAGGGCUGGAAUCAUCCCGGCCAUCUUUUUCUGUGGAUUUCACUGCCGCGAUUGGCACGUGCGACAAGAGGCAUUGCGCCUGCUGCAUGAACUUCAAGGCUGUGACCAGCUGGCCCAACGAGGGGCUUUGGUCUUGCCGCGAAGACGAAAGCGCCAAGAAGAUAUUUUGACGACUUCAGCAACGGCUCUUGUAUUGGAACGACUGAUUGGGAUUGAAUCCGAGGGUAUCGAGCCCGGGGAGACGAUUCCUCAGUCUGCUUAUAUUGAUUCAAUGUGCGCCGAGAUGCAGCCCGACGCGCCCGGAAUUCAAAUAUGGUAUUAUCGACCUGGACUUUCGGGACUUGGAAACAUCGUCAAUGAAAACCAAUUGUGGGAAACCGAGUUACUUCCCUACGCAAGUCCAACAUUCUUGUCUCAGACCAUAUCCGAGGGUGGGUCUUCUUGCAGCAAAUCCAACUCCAAUUCCCCGGUGAAUUGA